GGGAAAGCUAAAAUUUGACAAAAACUCUUUGGUCCGUACUUUUUUCUUUGUUUGUUGCGUGCGUGAUAAAUUUAGAAAAUUGAUAAAAAAGCAAUAGCAGUAUUAAUUCAAAUCUUGCACAACACAUUUCUCUAUAUUUAUUAGAAACGCUAACAUAGUAUAAGAUGCCGAAUAUUAAGCUUCAAUCAUCAGAUAAUGAAGUGUUCGCUGUGGAUAUUGAGAUCGCCAAAUGCUCAGUUACUAUUAAGACUAUGUUAGAAGAUCUCGGCGUUGACGAUGAAGAAGAAGAAGUGGUGCCACUGCCCAACGUAAAUUCAGCUAUUCUCAAAAAAGUUAUUCAGUGGGCGACAUACCACAAAGAUGACCCACCUUUACCAGAAGAUGAUGAAAACAAAGAAAAGAGAACAGAUGAUAUUUCGUCAUGGGAUGCUGAUUUUUUAAAAGUAGAUCAGGGUACACUGUUUGAACUCAUUUUAGCUGCUAAUUAUUUAGACAUCAAGGGAUUGCUCGAUGUAACCUGUAAGACGGUAGCUAAUAUGAUCAAGGGUAAAACACCAGAUGAAAUUCGUAAAACUUUCAACAUCAAAAAUGACUUUACAGCAGCUGAAGAGGACCAAGUACGCAAAGAAAAUGAAUGGUGUGAAGAGAAGUAAAUCCAGAACUCCAUACUGUAAUAUCAAUUAACUAUGUUUUCUAUAUAGCUUGUUUGUAUUAUAGUGGCAUAGAUAACAUGAAUUCUGAAGUAUUUGUGUUGCAGGACUGUUUAUAACAGUCUUAUCUUGAAAAAUGUGUUUCAUAUAUAAAUAUCUAUGCACAUUCAUCAAACAAAAUUCUUUGAAAUUAAUGUUAUUUAGUGUUAUUGGUUUUAAAUGACUUAAGUUUCCACAUCUGAUCUAUGUAACAUAAAAUCUUUAAUUAUCUAAUUAGAGGAAUGGCUUGAUAAUGUCUACUUCAAAUAAAUCUAAUACUACACAUAUUAUUAAUUUUAUUAUAUAGGGGAUAUUAAUAGCCAUAUUAAUACUUUUUCAUUUUAUUUAUUUAGUAGUGUUCUUGCAGUAGUUAUCUGUACUAGUGUCAUUUUGUUAUUUUUGCUGCUCCACUCUUAUUGUCAUAGAGUGAUAUUAUACAGCUUGUAGCCUUUCUUUAUAAAUGAGACUAUGUAACACAAUAUAAUAUUUUAAUUUGAACCAGAAGUUCUUAAGGUUAGCAUGUUCAACUAAACAAACACUUCAGCUAUAUCAUAUUAGUAUAGAUAGACCAGCCAACAAUCGGUUUACAAAAAAGAAAUUUUAAGAAUUCACACAUUACACAUUUAAACUAUUUCGAAUCAGAAUGUCUGUAAAUUAGUAUAUUCUCCCCCAUCUCAUAUUAUUAGCCUGAUACAAAUACGAGACAAACGGAAAUAAUUCGAUAUAAGCUUGGAAUAUUUUUAAUCGAGUUUGUGAGCCAAUUACAAGAGACUAUAUUUAAGAAUCAGUCUCAUUUUAGCUGCGGAAGGUAUAAAAAAAACAUCAAGUCAAAAAACCUUCAUUUCCUUCACAUAAAAUUACUAACACGUCUUUUUUCACAAAUUUUGGUUUUAUUUAUCAUAGUGACAAUGAAAAUUACUGAAAUCCAACUAAAAAAUUUACAGGAAAUAGUUUUUUUUAAACUUUUUUUUAGUAGUUUUAACUUUUAUUUAAAGUAUUUCUGUUUUUUUUUUUUAUUUUUAGUAGUGUUCAACUCAAAAGUCUGCUGCAUAUAUUGCGUGUUAUAUUUUUGCUUCAUAAAUAAUUAUAAGGCUAUUGGUAAGCAAUGUUUCCAUGGAAAUUUUCAUUGGAUUCAAAACAAAAUAUACUUAACGCAAUAUAAUAAUAUCGAUUGAAGUCGUAUGUCAUUGUUAAUAUUAUUGAUUUUUUACAAAUAUUUUUUAAAUAUUUAUUGGCCGUGUUAUAUAAAAAUAUGAGUUUCUAAAUAUAAUAUUAGGAAGAUUAUGUAUUUCAUGGAAGUAACACAAGUAACAGCGUGAAAAUACGUAGAAGUCACUUUAUAUGUAGUUUGCUUAUCAUGCCAUUGAGAAAUUAAAGGAAUUUUAUUUUUUUUACUAAUAAUCCGAAAGAACAUGUCGUUGGAUUAAUUCAUAUAUUAAAAAGGUAAUCAUAUAUUUCCUUUUUACUUCCUACCCUCAUAAUAAAAAAAAAACAGCUGUUAUGUUUUAAUGUUUGAUCUCCAUACCAGGCUAUUUAUGAAACUUUUAUACUAGUUAUUUAUGGAUAAUUGGAUAUUCAGUAGUUUCAUUUAUGGUUAUGGAACUCUGAAUCCCUAGUGUUAUCUUCAAUGUCCUAAGUUACAGUGCAAGUUUCUUUAUAUGAAGAUUGUGGAAUGGGUAAUUUAUUUGUGGUUUAAAAAAAACUGAAUAGAGUGGUAUUGUUUUGCAUGCAUUACAACCAUUGGGGUUAAUUUCAAGUGAAAUUGGAAGCUAGUUUGGGUAUGCCGUCGCUUUCAAGAUACCAUUAUUUUUCAACGAUGGGCAUAACCAUAUUUUAAAAGUGCCCGUCAGUGCCUGGCCUCUUCGAUUUUCAAAAGGGAUUCUUAACCCAAUUCUUUUAAUAAAUAUGAAAUCUUUUUGGGAAAUAAAUUUAUUUAAUUUAUUUAUU